AUGUCUUAUCUUUUGCAACGAACUGAAUCUGGCCGAUUUGCUCCAAAUCAAGAGGAGCACUAUCCCGAAUUUUUGCCUUCUAGUCGAUCUUCUUCAGUGCAAGUUGAAGAUUCUGUUACAGAAUCUAUUCCAGAUGCCCCUCCAUCAUAUCAAGAGGCUCUGGCAGAAACGCCUACGGACUCAUUUAUUACUGCUACUUCAGAGUCUCAACAACAUAUUUCUCGAAAUUUACGAGAAGAAAUUACUCAAGAAAUCAGUGUAUUUCUUGAGAAAAUUACAAAAUUAGAAGAAACAAUUUUCUUUACUCGUUCUGUUCCCGUUGAGGAAUUUAACUAUGAGGGAUGGUCAGAUGUUGACCAAGGAUCAGAAUGGGAUGAAGAACCAUCUGGUUCAACCUACAAUAAAGAAGAUUUUCAACCUUCCUUAUUACAAGUUGAACAAGAGAAUCCUUCUGUUGCGACGAUACAAGAAACACCGUUCAAGAGUUAUGCUUUUGAAUGGAGGUUUCUGCUUGUGAGGAUUCAACUCUCGGAGGGAGAUGUUGUUACUUUUCUUGACCCGUGCCUGGAUCUGGUGGAUGGUAAGGUUAGAAUAGAAGAUUUCCCUCUCAUUAAUGUCUGUCUGAUAGAGGAUUUCUUCUAUUUAUCGGACAAUCGAAGGCUUUAUUGCUUCAAGGAGGCGAUAAAGCGAGGGUUGGAUGUUGACAGGAUACCUGUUCGAAUAAGACGGGAGGUGGUGGUGAGCCCUUCGUCAAGAAAUGGGAGGGUUGUUGACGGUGAGGGCUACUGGGAAACUAAUGUAGACGAAGUUCUUCAAGAAGCAGCAAAGAAAAGGGUUACUACUCUAACAAUAACAAGAACUAAAUUAGACGAAAUUCUUCAAGAAGCAAAGAAAAAUGCUUCUGUUGAUAAAAUAUUGGCUGAUGUUAGGUCAACUUUACCUUUGCGUGAAAUUAAAUCGUGUGAAGUCGUUAACAUAUAUAAUCAAGCAUUAAACUUUAGUUUUAUGAUGAUGAUUUUAUUCUUUUUAUUGGGUGUAAUGUUGGGUGUUAUGUUGGGAAUUAUUAUUCAUAUGAGCAUUUAUGCUAAGCAUAAUUCAUCAGAAUUAAAAGAAUUAUAUGAAGUAAUUUCAGGAAAAAAUAAGCAUUUUUAUUAUAAAUUUUAA